UUUUGUCAUUGUUGCUAGUCGUCGAGUUUUAAUCGCGAAUACAUUUUUUUGUUCUCACUCUGAUGCUUUUUUGCACUCUAAAAAUGGGAAUUGCGGCAGUCAUUUUCGACCUAGACAAUACUUUGAUAUGGACGAAACAAUCUGAUGCUAAUGCCUUUGUGCAGGUUGCAAGAUUUGUCCAGAAAGAAACUCCAAGCUGUAAUGCAGAAGAGAUAGUCUCAACAUUCAGGAAGUUGCUACAAUCAGCAGAAAAAGACCCUGAAAACAAGAUUCCCAUAGAUGAAUGGAGGACCCAACUCUGGAAAACUGCACUCAACUCCAACCAGAAUGAAGAGUUUGCUGCCCGAGUUUACCAACUCUGGAAGAAGCUACGACUUGAGGGGUUGUAUUUUGACGAAGAGGUGAGGGCCCAACUGAAGCGUUUACGGCUAAGGUAUAAAUUGCUUCUUCUGACCAAUGGAGAUAGUCAAGUCCAGCGAGAGAAAGUUGCCCAGAUAGGAGCAGAAGAUUUCUUUGAUGAGAUCGUCAUCAGCGGAGACCAUCCUGAGCCAAAGCCGCAUCCAUCCAUCUUCAAGACAUCUUGUAAACUGCUUGGUGUGGAGGCCUCACAGUGCGUCAUGGUGGGUGAUAGUCAGGAGACCGAUAUUCAGGGUGGAGCUAAUGCUAGGGUCCUGGCUACUGUGUGGAUCAAUCCACAUGGAAAGCAACCCAGCUCAGACUAUGUCAAAGCAGACUAUACCAUUAAGUCUGUCCUAGAGAUAGACAGCAUUUUACAACAGCUUCAUCCUCCUUCUUGAUGCCUUAUUCUUGCGUUGUAAUGAAGACAUUCCAAAUAUUCCAUCUCGCUAUUUAUUUAUUGCUUGUUUCUAUUUCAUUUGCAUUCCCUUUCUAUGAUAACUGUAUUUAGCAUUUUGAGGAUGGUUGUUAAGUAACUUAAAGCCUGCAAGACCAUGCUUCUUUCAAAAUGAUAGUUUUGUAAGUUUGUACCUGGUAGUUUAAUGCCAUGGUAUGUCUUAUACAGUGACAGUGAGGAAGUUUUGUAGUGAUUGUCUGGGAAUAUAGGGCUACAGACCUGCCAACCAGUAUGAUUUAGUUGUAUUUUGUACAAUUUUUUUUUUCUUCAAUUUUGUGUGUGUGUGUGUGCCAUUUUCAAUGGCAAAAUGCCC